AUGCUGGAAACGAUGGUGAAUGGAGGGCGGGACUUGAACAAGGCCGCACGGCACUAUCUCGGAUUGGUGGCUCACACAGGGAGAAAAGAGACGUUCACCUUCGCGAGCCCGAUGCAGGAUGAGCAGCAUUUCUGCCAGAGGCGAGCGAGGUGGGGCGACAUGGGAAAAGCGUCUAAUUGGCUCCUCGGCAGACUCCGGACCAAGGGUUCCACCGAGUUCAAAUCGCGCUAG